UCUGUUUUCCAGGGUAUUAUCACCGCAUACAAGAACGGCAUCAGUUUAUUGGGAAACGAUAGUGGUCAGGAGACCUGGGACUUCAGUGGCUCUUUCUUUUUCUCAGUAACGGCCAUAACCACCAUCGGUUACGGGAAUCUGAGCCCCAGCACAGUUGGAGGUCGCAUCUUCUGCGUCUUCUUUGCGUUAUUUGGAAUUCCACUAAAUGUGAUCCUGCUGAACCGUAUUGGCCAGAAGAUGCUCUACCUGGUCCAGCGAUAUGCCAACUUCCUGGGGACAAAGAUCCAACGCAAGAAAAUGGUGAAGGUCUUCUCCAGCUCCUGCGCACUGAUUGCAGGCCUUCUCCUCUUCUUCCUGCUCCCUCCUAUUCUCUUCCAGUGGAUGGAAGGCUGGACAUACGAGGAGGGAUUCUACUACUCCUUCAUCACACUCAGCACCAUUGGCUUUGGAGACUACGUCAUCGGAAGAGUCCCCGGCAAGCAAUACCCCAACUGGUACAAGAACAUGGUGUCGCUGUGGAUCCUGUUUGGCUUGGCAUGGUUGGCUCUAAUCAUCAACCUGUGUAUCAAUCUCCUGGAGAACUGUAGAAAAGUCGGCCAGUGCUGCAAAACAAAGCAAACCUAUCCAAUGGAUCAGGAACUGAUGGAGAUCACCCAAAAUGGGCACGUUGCUUCAAGACUGAAAGAGGCCGAGGACUCACAAUCGUCCACCGCCAGUGACACCAAACCUGAGUCACCUGACUGA